CCACCCCCGAUGUUUCUCGGAGGUGCCCUCAGGUGGGUGCCUCCUCCCCCGCACGGCCUGGGAAUGACGGGGGACCCUGCCCUCCGUGCUGCAGGACAUCCACCGGAAGCGCAUGGAGAAAGAUCUGCUGGAGCUGCAGACGCUCAUUGACGUGCAUUUUGAGCAACGAAAGAAGGAGGAAGAGGAACUCAUUGCCCUGAAAGAACGCAUUGAGCGGCGCCGGGCGGAGAGAGCCGAACAGCAGCGCUUCAGAACGGAGAAGGAGCGCGAGCGGCAGGCUAAGCUGGCGGAGGAGAAAAUGCGGAAGGAGGAGGAAGAGGCCAAGAAGCGGGCUGAGGACGAUGCCAAAAAGAAGAAGGUUCUGUCCAACAUGGGCGCCCAUUUUGGGGGUUACCUAGUCAAGGCAGAACAAAAGCGUGGUAAGCGCCAGACCGGUCGGGAGAUGAAACAGCGCAUCCUGUCUGAGCGGAAGAAGCCUCUGAACAUCGACCACAUGGGAGAAGACCAGCUCCGGGAGAAGGCCCAGGAGCUGUCGGAUUGGAUCCACCAGCUGGAGUCCGAGAAGUUUGACCUGAUGGAGAAGCUGAAGCAGCAGAAGUAUGAGAUCAACGUGCUCUACAACCGCAUCAGCCACGCCCAGAAGUUCCGGAAGGGGGCAGGAAAGGGCCGCGUCGGAGGCCGCUGGAAGUGAGGACCUGGGAGUGGUGGUCCCGUCUCUGUGGCUGAAAUAAACGCUCCCCGUGCAGGCGC